AUGUUCUCAUAAAUUUUACAAUAUUUCUAACAAAUGUGUGCUUUUGGAAAAGUCAUGUUAUCUGAAUGUGACGAUAUUUCAGACGAAGAUGAUGCUUAUGCAAGGGAAGCCGCAGUAAUAUUUGAAGAAAAUGGAGGUUUUUAUUAUAACAACGCUGUAGAAAUUAGCAAAAUCAAAUUGCAAGUAACCGAUCUACCGAAAUAUGUACAUAGUCUAUAUUUGAAUGACCUAGAAGAAGAAUUUCAGAAAAUUCCAUACGGUCUUGUAAAAGCCUAUGGUGUUUCACAAACGAAACUCAACAUGCACAAAAAUAGGUACAGAGGAAUCUACCCGUAUGACGAUACGCGAGUUUUAGUUCGCGGUGGAGAAACAGACUACAUUAAUGCAAGCUUUAUAGACGGAUUCAGAAGGCGAAAUGCAUAUAUUGCUACAUUGGGUCCAAUGGCUAAGCAGCUUGGCGAUUUCGGCCAAUUCUGGCGAAUGGUCUGGCAACAGAAAGUGGAGAAGAUUGUCAUGGUGACUAACUUGGUAGAGGGAAAGAAAACCAAAUGCGAGCAAUAUUGGCCGGAUCAUUAUCAAAGAAAUAUGUACGGCGAUAUAAAGGUUGUGUGCAAGGAUGAACAACUGUACAAAGAUUUCAUUUGGAGACACUUUACUCUUUUUAAGAAUUCGGAAAAAAGAAGUAUUCAUCAUCUACAGUUUACGAGCUGGCCAGACAAGGACAUCCCUGAUGAUGUUACAGCAUUUAUAGAGUUUAGACACAGGGUGAAUGCCUUGGCGAGUACCUUCGAUGGACCAAUAGUUGUGCAUUGCAGUUCUGGUGUAGGGAGAACAGGAACCUUCAUAGCACUAGACAUUCUUACAAAAGAGGGUGAGGCAGAAGGAGCUAUAGAUAUCCCGGGAUGCGUUAUUAACAUGAGACAAAACAGACCCAACAUGAUUCAGACUUUGAGUCAAUACAAGUAUAUUCACCAAGCUUUGGUCCAUACAUUGACUCCUGAUUGUGUGUUUAUAAGAAGAGAGCACUUCAUUCAAUAUAUGGACAAAUCAAGUAAACAGGAGAUACAGGAGCAGUUUGAGAGAUUGCAAUCGGAUCAUGAGAAAAAGUCGGAUAAGGAAUUGUUAGCUACGAAAGAAAAUCGGCUCCUGGCAAAAAAGUACAGGAAACACACGGAUAUGCCAGGUGACUCCAACAGACCGCAUCUAAAUUUGUUGAUGAAAACAGACGAAUCCGAUUACAUCAAUUCGAUAUACAUCGACAGUUUUAAAACAAAAAACCGCUUCUUGGUUGCAAAAACACCUCUGCCUGACACAGUUUACGAUUUCAUUGCACUUACUCUUCAAGAAAACUGUUCCUGUAUCGUUAGUAUGGAGGCAAACCUGGAAAUGCAUAAGGGAAUAGGCUUAUACUUUCCUGGUGACAAUCAAAAAAUGAAGGCGGGAAUAAUUUCCGUACAAUCAUACACAGCUCAAAGUGCAAGACACUUCGUUAAAAGAAUGCUGCGUUUCAAGCAAGAAGGAACGCCCAAGAAAGAUGUGACAAUUCCACACUUUCAAUAUUUGGACUGGGAUACAAAGAACAACGUUCCUAAGUCGACAGAAUGCUUUCUUGCCUUCAUCAAAGAGGUUGAAGCCGUAUCCAAAUCCUCUAACCUGGGUGGACCGAUACUGUUGCAUUGUUUAAACGGUGCUGGAAAGAGCUGCCUUUUUUAUGUUGUCUCGAUAUUACUUGAACAAUUGGAUAGAGAUGAUGUAGUCAGUGUGGUCAAUGCGGUGAAGAAAAUCAGAUCUAGACGACCGCUUGCUAUUCCAAAUAAGGAACAGUUUUACUUCUGCUACGAGUGUGUUCUCCAUUCCGCGAACGAAACAGAUAAAGCUGUGUAUUACAGCAUAUGUAGGGAUAUCCAGAGAAAAUGAACACGGCUGAACAAUUCGGAACAAUGGCACACAUAAGGUUGAUCUUGACUUGAAAGUAUAUACGUUUGUUAUUCAUAUGAUGACACUCUUCUGCAUCACCUUCAUGACAUAAUAACAGACCACUAGUAUUUCACCUGUCAAUAUAAACAUUGUAUUGUAAUUCUCAUUGUAUUUGGUUGCAUAUAUUAAUGCUUUUAUUAUUUUUACCAUAUUGUAGGGUUUUUUCUUGUUAUAAUUUUGAAUUAUUCUCUAUAAAUUUCGCCCAAAUUUCACAAAAAAACUUUAGUGUAUCUCACUAUCUUAUUUCGUUUAGCAAAAUUCUUUACUUAAAUAUGAUUUAAUAGAACAAAAAGUAGUUUAUCUUAUUAACAAGUACUUUAUCUGAUUGCUCUUAAAUAGUAUGUCCUUAUCAAACAUCAUUUCUCUUUAAAAAGAGAAUAUUACUCAAUAUAGACCAAACAAAGGUAGUGUUCUGGGCUUGAUCCGGUUAUAAGGGUCUUAAGAUGUUUCAUGACAUUGGGGCGCAGAACGUUAUGAAACAGUCAAGGCUUUAUAUGCGAGCGUACAGUAUCAACAUGUGUAAUUGAUAAGUAACAAAGAUGUUGCAAUAUAUGCACGCUACUUAUUGUACGGUAAGCUUGCCUAUAUGUUACAAAAUACAUACUACAUCAAAUCCUCGUGAGUGGAAUUAUUCAAAUUAUUAUUAUUAUCAUGUAGUUAAUGUAUAUACAAAUAUGUUAUAUUGUGUUUUAAUGGGCUUUGUACAUACUUGGAAUACACAUUACAUUUGUAAUUUGUAAAAAAAUAGACAUAAGGAAUAAAAAAUAUUAUUUGUUGUUGUAUUUAACAAGGUUUUUACGUAUGUUAAAGUGUUUUAAGCUUUUAUAUGUAAUAUAGCAUUUCAAUUGAAUUUCCGUUUGUGUUUUAUUGUUAAAUCAGGAAAUGUAUUGUAGGAGCAGAUGUGCACGCAAUAGUGGCGUUUAUGAAUUAUGUGCAGUACUGUUGCUUAACAGCUUAUAUUACUAUAAUUAUGUAUUGUAGAUUUGUAAGAAAUUAUGUACCUGAAUUCCUUAAUUUUCUAAAUACUGUCAAUAGUCUAAACCAUGAACUUUAAAUAAUUUGUAUUUUUAAAUAACCUUUAAAUAGACAGUCUCUCAAGUGUCAAGACAGCCAUCGAUUGAGCAUGCUAUAUAUAAUAUUCACUAGGGGUUUAUCAUAAUCCUGAUCUAAAUAUAGAAUAUCAUUCAAUUAAUACAUUCAAUGUAUUUUAUUUAGUUCUUAGUUUUUUUUUUCAUAUUUUCAUUAAUUGACGAAUAUGACGGGAAUCAAUCAAUUGAAAAAUUCCGGUUGGGUUCGUAUUGUAUUCAUUGCCAUCUUGAUUGUUGUUGAAUUUAAAUGGAAAACAAUCUAUUGACUUUUCCGGAAUCAAAAUUUCCACUUGCUGUAAAGAUCAAUGUUGACAGAAUAUUGCCAUAUGUUUCAAUAGGGUUCAUUGCUUAUUAUGUUGAAUUUUCCUUUAGGUAAUUUUGUUUUUACUAUGAUAUCUUUUAGAAAAAAACACAACUAAUAUCCAUGUCAAUAUCCAUUGCAUUGACACAAUUGCAUAUUUAUUGAUAUGCUUGACCAACAGUCAUUAUGACCUUAUCAGAGCAUAUUAUUUUUGUAUUUCAGUUCUCUCAAUAAACGUUCAC